UGCUUUUUCACUCAACAUAUAUUAUAUAUACACACAAACGAAAUAUGUCGUUGCUGCCAACCACUAACACCUAUGCACGUAGCUCACCGCCAUCAUUCGACGGUUCACGUCGACAUCGACGCUCCUCCCGCUCUAUUCCAUUAAUAAUACGAAGAAUAUUCCGGUUUCCACAAAUGGACUUUGAGUUUGCAUUAUGGCAGAUGGGUUAUCUGUUGAUUGCACCAAGAAGAGUGUACCGGAAUAUAUAUUAUCAUAAACAAACGAAGAAUCAAUGGGCACGAGACGAUCCGGCAUUCUUGGUUUUAUUAGCUUCACUAUUAUGCGUAUCGGCUGUUGCAUGGGGGCUCGUAUAUGGUCUGGGAAUGAUUGGCAUAUUGCGUGCAAUGCUGUUUAUGGUGUUUAUUGAUUUCUUACUAGUGGGAUCCUUAGUGGGAACAUUUACGUGGUUCGUAACGAAUCGAUUCUUGACGCACAAUCAUAUGGCACACGCAGUGGAUCAAAAAGUAGAAUGGGCAUACUCGUUUGAUGUGCAUUGCAACUCCUUUUUCCCUCUGUUCCUCGUCCUCUAUGUCCUACAAUUCUUUUUCAUGCCACUACUGCAACGCAGCAACUGGAUCUCACUAUUUGUUGGCAACACCAUGUAUUUUGCUGCUACGGUAUGGUACAUUUAUGGCACCUUUCUUGGAUUCAACGCAUUACCGUUUCUGGUACAUACCGAACUCUUUCUGUACCCCAUUGUCAUCUGCGUCAUUCUGUACAUUGCUUCGUUGUUUGGACUUAACGUUAGCCAACAUGUCCUGUCCAUUUAUUUUGGCUAAAAGUAGCAGUAGUUGUCCUAUACAACGUAAUAACAGUAUAAUAAUAUUAAUACCAUUUGAUUAUUAUCAUGCAAAUAAAGUCAAGUACACGAAUAGAA